AUGUGGAUCAUAGGUACACUUAAAGCAAAGACAGCAAGUUAUUUGAACUAUCUAAUACCAGUUUUCGCUCGUUUGUUGUAAAGGAAUGAAGAAAUGAAAGAGAAAGUAUUGACAUCUUUGUAAAAAGUAAUCCAUUUAUGUGGAAUAUAAUUCAAUCCUCAAUAUAUUGAUUAAGUGAUUGCUUGUGUGAUGCUAUUUUGUUAGGGAUAAGAGUCUUCAAAGUUGGUUUUGAUAGGUUUAGAGAUUAUGGAGACACAUAAAGUGGAACCAUUGGUUAGACUAAUCAAUUAGGAAAUCAGUCAAUUUGAAGAGGAGAAAGAUCUGGUUCGUAAAGGAAUAAAGAUAUACAUAUUGUUAGAGAAUUUACUAGACUCUUAGUUGCAUAUGUUCAUUCCAUUUAUGUGUAAGUUGUUGAGUAAGGAAGUAUCGAGUGUUUUAUUGGAGGUUAGAAAGGAUAUAAUAAAUUUAUUUGUGUCCUUAUCAAGGAAAUGCCCAACCACAGUUCAAUAUUUAUCAUUGAUUGUGAACUCAUUGUUAAAUCUAGUGGAAUUGAGUGCAAAAACACAACAGCAAUUAGAAAUGCAUCAGACAGUAUUAAACUGCAUAGUCAACCUAAUCCUAUAACAUAAGAAUCUUAUGCUUGUGUAUUUACCAAUGAUCCAUUUGCAAGUGCAGAAAUAUAAGAUUCACCAUCAAUAAUAUUAAAAACUAGUUGAAAUCUUUUUGAUGUAUGGUAAUUUGGAAGAUUUGAAUAAUCUAUUGGAUGAGGAUUGUAAAGCUAUAGAGCAAUUAUUUCCAUCUUAGAUUACUUCUUAUUAUUCAAUUGAACCAAACGCACCUAUGUACAAGAAGAUCGAACCUGAAGAAUUGGUGGCUAAAUUUGAUACGGAACAAAGAAAGUUGAAGGAAGAAUGGUAGGAGUGGAUGCGUAAUACAAGUGUGGAAUUAUUGAAGUUAUCUCCAUUUCUGGUAUUAAGUCCCUGCUCUUCUAUUGCUGAGAUGUAUUAAACAUUAGCAUAUGAAUUAUUCAAUAUUGCGUUCGAUUCAGCUUGGUAUUUCUUGAAUGAUAAGCACAAAGAAUUGAUGGUGUAAUAUUUGGUCAGAGUUAUUAAGGCAGAAAACAUUCCACUCUAAAUUUCAUAAACUAUUCUAAAUUUAGCUGAAUUCAUGUAACAUGACAAAGAAGGUUUACAGAUUGAUAUUAGUUCAUUAGGUGAAUUAGCUGAAAAAUGUAUGGCUUAUGCAAAGGCUCUUUAUUAUAGAGAACAUGAAUUCGAAACUGCCAACUUAAAAGCCAUAUAGUCUUUAAUAUCUCUAUAUACAAAUUUGGGAUUGCAGGAAUCUGCCAAUGGUUUAUUGACCUAUGCUAAAUAAUCGCUAAAGAUUUAGGUGUAAAAUACAGAUUAUGAGAGAUUAAAGAAAUGGGAUGAAGCCUUGUAAGAAUAUAGACAAUAACAAUUGAAGUACGAAAAUGAUCAAAGAAUGGAUUUAGCUAUUAAAUUGGUGGUUCCUAAGAUGAGAUGUUUGAAUGCAUUGAUGUAAUGGUAAACUCUGAUUAGUCAAGCAGAGGAGAUUUUUAAAAGCAAUGAAGAUGCUAAAAAAAAGGAAAUUGCUCACUUAGCUGCAAAUGCUGCUAUGCAUUUAGGAUAAAUGGGAGAAAAUUGGCUACUUAUAAUGAACAAGUGA